UGUAAUUCUAGAAAUUUUGUAAGGCUGGUGAGAUUUUCCCCCUCAAAGGUAUCAAAACUGUUGUGAAAGGCGACAAAAGUAGAAGACUAUCCCCUUCAUGGCUGCAGUGCUCAAAGACCGGGGUUUCGACCAGGAUCCCUGUAUUUGCCAAGCUCCCACCAAAUUCCCUCCCAAAUUGUAUACAGACGCGUCUGAGGACAGGAAAUUUAAUCAAUUCGUUUCGACUAUGGGUGUUUUUGGUAUUGAAUAUGGGUGUUUUCGGUAUUUCGAAGCCUUUCGACGUGGAUCUCGUACCUACCGGUGAGGUGGCCCAUUUUGAGACCCGCGAAGAGCUCCUCAAGACAGGUUGUGCGAUCGGUGAAGGUGAAGAUCUAGAUCGCGUCAACGUGUCGCAGGAAAACGAUGGAGAUCUUAAGAUACAGACCUCUCAAGACACACUAUCUCAAGAACUCCUAUCUCAAGGCAAACCGCAGGCGAAGAGAGGAGGAAAGAGGGGGAAACAGGCUCAAGCUGAGAGCACGCCUACAGUACCAAAAGCCCCCAAAAACACCCAGAAUCCACCGCCCCCAGACCCAUCGCCUAUCGUCGAUUUCGAUCCCUUAAUAAUACCGGAGAAGGUUUCGCAUGGUAUAUUGCCUGAUACCGUCAGGUUUCACGAUCCUGGAGCGAUCAUAGACCUCAUCUUUACCACAGAAUUUUACCAUACUCUCUGUGUGAGUACUAACCUGCACGCCCACCAUGCACCCGAGAAGGAACUGAACAGCCCACGCCCAUGGACCGAUGUUACGGAGGAGGAUCUCCGCGCCUAUCUUGCGAUCUUGAUCUAUAUGGGUCUACAUCGCGAACCACGCGUGGAAUAUUACUGGAACGUGUUAUGGUCCCAGGCCUGCGGCCUGUUCCCUUGGUUGUGGCUGAAGACGUGGCUGGUGGAUUAUAUCAGAGAAGCAAACAAACAUGGUAACACAGCAGUAGGGCAUUGGAGAGGAGAGUCGCUAUCUCGCGCACAAAGGUGCCGGGAGAUUUCUUCUCUCUCUCUCUCUUCAGUUUAGAUUAAUGGAACUUGGUAAUCGCAGACCUUGCGCAUCCAGACCGUGUCAGAACGAGCUUAAUCCUAAUCUCCCACUCCACCCAACGGUUCGUCGGUAUAUGGGUCGUGUUCAUUGGCAACAGAUUGAUCGAUAUAUCGCGUGGCAUAUACCUAUAGCCCCAAAGAAGUUAACACCUCUGGAGAAGGUUCAUUCUAUGGUGAAGUUCCUUACCUUGAAAUUCCAG